GCCAUUGCAGCAGCUAGGUAGUGAUCUUUCAGUCCGUCAUUUUGUCCCGCCUCUCGCUCUCAGAUCGUACAUCGGCGUUCCUCAUGUUGUUGCUAGUUUUCUUAUUUAUCCCUCGUGUUUCUCUUGUUCUCCUUUAUUUCUUUGUUCCUGCUAUUCUACUUCACCCCUAGUGUUUCUGAUACUUCUCCCCCGUCCCCUUCUGCUAUUCUCUUUUACUCUUUCCUUCCCCCCUCCUGUUCCUGCUACUAUAUCGAUUUCUUGCCUUGCCCCUCGUUCCUGCUGCUGUCCUCCAUACCCACGCCAUGUCUGUUUCAUCCUCAAUUUCUGCCACACAAGGAGAGGACACAUCCCACGACUAUACAGGCAAUCCUAACACUUUCGUCAAGCCCCUGAGGAUGGCAGCUGAGCUGGAGGGGCUGGCCAAAUACGCCAGCGGAGAUGUGAGAGGCAACGAGGAAGCGAGAAAAGCUAUGAACAUCUACUCUUCCGGUGAGAGCGAGGGGACGGCAGACUCUUCUUGUGCCUCCAACGUCUCCCUCAUUGUAAAUUGCAGUGACCAAGGUGUUGUGUUGAGCUCUGAAACAUCACAUCUGGAGGUGGUGAAGAAAAAAGAGAAGGAGAAAGAAAAGACAUAUAGAGUGACCACGUCCCAUCGCAGGGAAGAGCCACGCACUUCCAAGCGCCGCCAUGUCGUGAAGUCUUCGUUAAAGAAAACCAAGACAAGAAAGCCUCGCAAAAUAUUAACCACCAUCACUACAAAAAGGAGGUUGGCGGCUAGACUGAAGCUGUACGCCAUCAUGCACAACGACGGAGGAACAUCACGUGGAAAGGAAGGACCCAGAGCAAAUGCAAAGCGGAAGAGGUCAAGCGAAAGUGAAGAAGAGGAAUACGAAGAUUAAUUAUCAGCGAGAUGCUGUUGUUGUUGUUGUUGUUGUUAUUGCUGCUGCUGCUGCUGCUGCUGCUGUAAUUAAAUUUUAU